UAACUAAAAAAACAGUGAAAGAAGAGGGAAAGAUGAAAAGUAGCAAUCAACUCACAGCGUUUUGACAAUUGCAGUCGUCGCCGUCUCUUCUGAAUUCCUCUUCUCUUCAAUUCACCUGUCAAUAACACAAACAAUCAAUUAUUGAUUUGAAAAAACUUACGUAUACGUACAUGUAGACGUGAACUCUCUCUCUUCUAUCUCAAUUGAGGGGAUGUAUGGGAAGCAGAAGAAGCAGCUAAGACCUAAACUUGACCGGCGAAACGCCUUAAAAAACGUCGAUUACGACGCUUCAAAAUCAACGCCGUCAUCUCCAUCAUCGUUCGAAGAUCAGCAUAAUCCUCACCGUACUCGUUCGCUUGACCUUUAUCCGUUAACUGACCGUACAAGUUUCAGAAUCCACGGUGCUGCUGGUGAAUUCGACACUAUUUGUCGCUCUUUAGGCAUUUCUCCUGAAGACUUUGCUAUUCCUGUUGCUGCUUGGGAAGCUCGCAAACCUUGCUCUCGUUCUGAUCGGUUACGCGGCACCAGGUUUGCUAGUACCUCUGAUAUUAACCUUGAAAAUGCCAAUGAACUGUCUGUUGACGGUGAAUCGGACCGUCCGACGGAAAAUGCUAGUGAAUCGGACGAAGAGAACGAGCUUGACAGUGAGGAUGAGGUCUCUGAUAGUGUUAGGUUUAAAUUGAGGCAAAGCUUAAAUUUUUCACCUGAAAAUGGGAUUAGGGUUAGGGUUAGGGUUAAUGAACAGGAGGAUGAUAAUUUGCCAAUGGAUGUGAAAUGUGGAAUUAAGGGUUCUAGACCACCAAGGUUGGCUCGUCCAGUGGAGGAUGAAUUCACGUCUGCUUGGGAUUUUAUUAAAGGUUUUGGUCCUGCAAAUGAUGAAGAUGAGGUUUCACCGGUACAGAGCACUUCUGAUGACAUAAUUGGAGACGAGCAACUAGGAGAGAUUGCUAACAAUGAAGAGCCUAACGAGGAUUAUGUAAGAAAUGUUUCACAAGUAUCAGAUAGUGAUGGAGUUUGUGAAAAGCCAUUGGAGCAAGGUGUAAGAGAUGCUGUUGAAAGCUCUAGAUCACCGAGUAAUGAUUCCUACAGCCUGAUAUCGAAGAAAAGCUCCAAAUCGCCUAGUGGUGAAUUCUAUAGCGUUAUCUCGACGAUAAGUGCUGAGUCACAGAGUGAUGAAUCCGAUACGUUGAUUUCGAAGAAUGGAUAUUCUGUUUCUCCAAAUUGUUCUCCCAGUAUAAAAUCUUGGCAAAAGAGCGUUAUCUCGACGAUAAGUGCUGAGUCACAGAGUGAUGAAUCCGAUACGUUGAUUUCGAAGAAUGGAUAUUCUGUUUCUCCAAAUUGUUCUCCCAGUAUAAAAUCUUGGCAAAAGGGCGACUUUCUCGGGAGUGGGUCAUUUGGAACGGUGUAUGAAGGCUUCACCGAUGAUGGAUUCUUUUUUGCCGUCAAAGAAGUUUCAUUAAUUGACCCAGGAAACCAGCAAAGCCUUUAUCAACUUGAACAGGAGAUUUCUCUUCUAAGUCAGUUUCGACAUAGAAAUAUAGUUCGCUAUCAUGGCACAAACAAGGACGAGAGCAAGCUGUAUAUCUUUCUUGAACUUGUUACAAAAGGUUCACUUGCAAGUGUCUAUCGCAAGUAUCGUUUGCGCGAUUCCCAUGUUUCAGAUUACACCAGGCAAAUCUUGAGUGGGUUGCAUUAUCUUCAUUCCAGAAAAGUGAUUCACAGGGACAUUAAAUGUGCCAAUAUAUUGGUGGAUGUUAGUGGUUCAGUGAAGCUUGCAGAUUUCGGACUGGCAAAGGCAACACAAUUGAAUAACAUCAAGUCUUGCAAAGGAACUGCAUUCUGGAUGGCCCCAGAGGUCGUUAAUAGGAAGAACAAUGGAUAUGGGAUUCCUGCGGAUAUAUGGAGUCUCGGUUGCACAGUCCUAGAGAUGUUAACUGGCAAAGUUCCUUAUUCUCACUUGGAAGGGAUGCAAGCACUGUUCAGGAUAGGCAGAGGUGAACCUCCUCCUAUACCAGAUACCUUGUCGGCAGAAGCUCAGGAUUUCAUAAAGAGAUGUUUGCGAGUUAAUCCGAAUGAUCGGCCAACUGCAGCUGAACUACUGGAACAUCCAUUCGUAACAAAGCAACCAUCACAUUUCUCAAGUCCUGCAGCCUCAUAAAUUCUGCUGUCAAUUAUACUGAGGGUUUAUGGUCAGAUGAAUGAACCGCCGGGCGCUCGUAUGAGAGUUGGUUUGACUUCCCUAACUAUGGCGGAAUAUUUCCAAGAUGUUACUGUCAAGUCUGCAAGUUCUCGCUCUCUCAAAAAAGUCUGCAGCACUGGUCUGAGCUUUGAUGACUGUGUAAGUCGAGGAUCAAUUUCAAAUGUGAUGCUUGUACAGGGAUUGGUUGGUGUAGCAUCUGAGAAGUCUGUCGAUUGAAAAUUGCAAAUAUUUGGACGUGAGCAGCUGAAUGCAGAAUGGUCAUGGUAACUGUAAGUAGAAUGAGCAACAAAGUUCAUACAUAGCACUUGUGCCUGGUUGUGUUCUGUCUAUCCAAGAUAUACUGUAGAUUGUUAGUGAAACGAUGAUAAUCUUAUAAGGAAAUUGUAAAUACCAGAUAAACAGUAUUGUUUGGUACAAAAAAGACAAUGAUUGCAGUUGGAAAUGCUUCUUUUGCUGUUUUUUCCUGCUA